GAAAGUUAGGCAACACAGCUGUGAGGCUGUAGCAUCAAGACUGGCUUGUUUCCAUGACAUAAAUGAUUCUUUUGGCUACAACUGUGCUGAAGAUAAGCAUCUGGGAAAGCCAAUUCCAUUCAGAGCAGAUGAGACUUCAAAAGAAAGAUUUAGCAGGGGCACAAAUACAUGUCAUGAAAGUAACAAAUGACAACGAAUAGAAUGGGAGAAGAAAUUAGCCCAUUAACCAGGGAACUCUCAGGAGGUCCAAAUGGGAAACACAGGGGGGUCUGAGUGACAAAUACACAGCAACCCAACAUUAGGAGCAGUGGGGAAACAGCUCUACAGCAACACCAAUACAGUUUGAGCUAGUCGGAAAAUGCCCCAGAAUGGGCUGGGCUUCACUCCCUAAACAGUUAUGAAGCUCCUAACUGAUCUGCUUCUCCAGGGAGCCAGAGGAUUCCACCGCCCUUGGGCCUGCAGGGUGCCAAGGAAUCUAAAAGCGGGAGAUGAGGAAGAGGAAUCGGAUUAUCCAGGCGGGACACCCCAUUGGAUAGUCUCCCGAAAGACUGAUAUGCGGGUAGCUAGUACAAAAGGCACAGAGAUGCAGGGAGCAGCUAAUGAGCCAUCCCAUUUGGUCGGAAUAUCAACUGCGUUCCCCGCCCCCGGCGGGAGGAGCCCGGGCAAGACGAGACCUCCAAACCCAGGCAGAGCACAGGCGGAGGGAGAGACAGAACGGAACUAGAUCGGAGUGGGCUCCGGAGCGGGCAGUUCGCGGGGCCAUGGGGGAGGGUAUGCCGGCGGCUGAAGCCGGGGAGCGCGGCCCGGUGCACGCGGUGACGGUAGUGACGCUGCUAGAGAAGCUGUCCACCAUGCUAGAGGCGGUGCGGGAGCGCCAGGGAGGCCUGGCACGGCGGCAAGGCGGCUUGACGGGUACCGUGCGCCGCAUCCAGAGCGGCCUAGGUGCCCUCAGCCGUAGCCAUGGCGAGACCAGCAACACGCUGUCCCAGCUGCUGGCCAAGGCCGAACGCGUCAGCACGCACGCGCACGCCGCCCGCGAACGCGCCAUUCGCCGGGCGCUCCAGGUGCAGCGGCUCGAGGCCAACCACGCACUCCUGGUCUCCCGCGGCCAGCUGCACGUCCAGCUCUUCAAGGAGGAGGCAGAAAUCCCAGCCAGAGCCUUUCAGAAGGAGCCAGAAUCGACAGGACUAGAAGACAAGGAACUAGGACCAGAGGCCCUGGAAGAGCUAGAAGCCAGGGAGAGCUCAGAUGAUGACAACGAGCCAGUGGAAUCCCGGGCUAAGAGGCUUCGGCGCACUGGCCUACAGAAGGUGCAGAGCCUUCGUAGGGCACUGUCCACCCGAAAGAGCAAAGGCCCUGCCCCACCUCCACCCACUCCCACCAAGCCGCCCCGACUGGGCCCUAGCCAGGGCAUUGAAAAUCAACCUGAGGCAGGUGUAGUGGUUGAAGCAGAGCCAGGGUUGGAGCUAGAGCCACCAGGGAUCCCUGUGGAAGACCCAGAGAGCCCUGAGGCCAGGGAAUCUCCAAUGCUUCAAGUAGAGGGUGCUGCCUAGUGCUCCAUCCUCCCUGCUGCUUCUCUGUGCCUUUGUCUUUAAUGGCACCAUCAGUUGCCAAGCAAUAGCUCCCACUUCCCCUUAGAGCACCAAUACUCAAGGAAAGAUGCCUGUCUUUAUAGCUCACCUCAGUUCCUUCCCUACUCCCAAACUCAUGCUUCUACUCCAGAGUAACCACCUGGUCCUUAGCCACUGAAUUCUAAACUCAAAGAUCAAACCAUCACCCUCCCAAGUGUGCUCAAGAUUAAUAAAACUAAUUUCAUUAACAAA